AUGCGGACAUACGAGGCGCUCGGCCGGCCGAGCAGGGUCUCCCAGGUUAAGAUCGCCGGACCCAGGGGGCCGGAGGAGCUUCACUGGGUAACAGGCUGGCAAAGCGAUGGCGACGGCACACCCUGUCCGGCUUACUAUGUGCCCGUCUCCGACUCAGGAGAGGGAGCGGCCUACCUGCUGUACGGCGGAGACUGGGGCGUCCGCUUCAGGCCUCUGGACGGAGACGAGGAGUGGAGACUGGAAAGCCCCGAGCAGUGGGGCGAACCUUACCUAUUGCUCGGAGAUGUGGCCGAUAUAGUGGUGGCGGAGCAGUAG